ACGUUUAAAGCUGUACCAUCGCGUAGACUUCGCGGACUGCGUUGAGUCAGAAUCGGUGGUGUGGUCGCUUCAGUUGUGUUUUCUGUUUGGUUCGCGUUGAAAAGGCUUCGAGGGUUAUCUUCGGGUUAUCAUUUCUGCAGGUUUCCUAUCAGAAAUUGCAUUUUGUUUUGUGUUUUGGGCAGUGCGUGUUCGUCCCAACUCUUGGCGUUAUGUGUUUCUGUGCUUGAGUCCCGUCCCAGGAUUUUAUGUAAUUGUUUUGUAGUGUUUUUGGUGGUUUUAUUGUUCCCGGUGGCGGUGGCGGAAUGUGCUUGGCGAGUAUGAAUAAUUGUUGUUGGAAAUCUUCAGGAGGGUGCCGCCCAUUAGCGUCACAAUGGGUUGGUUGGUUCGCGGUAUCGCUGUGGAUCCUGAGUGUGAGUCUGGUCGCGGGGCAGGGAACUGGCGGGGAAAAAGGUUCCUUGGAUCUGAAUGAGGAAACCAAAGGACUCUACAUUGGGUGCUUCAAAGAACGUGUUGACAUUUACGAUGCUUUGGUGUACGCAGGAAACGCUGAUAGUUGUGUGGACAUUUGCGAACGAGCGUAUUUCCGAUACGCCGUUCUAUCAUCAAGCAAAUGUGCUUGUUCAAAGGAAUUCGACCAGGCGUCCCGCUUGGAUCAAGCAAUUUGUCAUAUGCGCUGCAAACGAAACAAAGCACAAUUUUGUGGUGGCGUCGAUUCGCAAAGUUACUAUGCUACCGGAGUUAAAGUGUCUGGACCACCAACAAAUUUAAGUAUUGGCAACAUAACCGAAACAACAAUGCUGCUUCAUUGGAGCGAUCCUGCUCAGCCAUCCUAUUUAACGCGUUUUGUGAUCAGAGCCAAUGUCCUUAAAACUUUUGCUACUAGCCCUUUGUCGCAGUCGUUGGAAUGGGGGGUUGGUGACCACGAGCGUCAUCUGCAUCUACUCAAUUUGCAUCCCGGGACAUUGUACAACAUAACAGUGAGCUCAAUGUGUGAUGAAACUAAUUGCGGAACGGCAGCCAUCGAAGCUGAAACACUUAUUGGAAAACCCGAUCCGCUCCCCGGUGAACCCGUGAUUCUUGAACGGAACGGAACAACAAUGAAAGUGAGUGUACCCGAGGCAAUCAACAAUAAUGGUCCAGUCACGUUUUAUCGGCUCGUCGUGAUGAUAAUUAAUGAUGAAUUUCAACUGGAAUUUGAUGAGGCUUUGCUGGGAAGUUAUAAUCGGUCAGUGGAUAAUGGAGUUCCCUACUACGUAACAGCUCAGUUUCCUUAUCAGAGCCAGUUCCUCAUCGGAGAUGGAAAAAUUCGAGGCGGCUAUUACAACGCUCCGCUUCCGCCAGACAGCCACAUUCACGUUUCACUGGGAAUCGUGAGUGACUACAAGGGUAUAAAAACGGUGGCUUACGCUACCGCUACGCACAAGCAACAUUCCAAUAGACUAACGGAUAGUAAUGCAACCGAUGACGACCAGACAUCUGUUGUCGCACUUUCUGUUGCUUGUGUUAUCUUUGGUCUCUUGCUAAUUGCUAGCUUCGUAGUGUACGGAUAUUUACGCUUCAAGACGGGCAAUCGACCUCAACGACUGUCAGAUAAUCAUGAGCUGACGUUACAAGGACCAAUGGUUGAAGUGGAGAAUAAUGGAUACGUUCCGGACAGUAAAUUGAAGGAAAACUUCAGGGACCAACUGAGCUUAGCUCUAGACGAUUUAGAUAGCUCGCAGAAAUUCGCCCGGAAUGCAGUUCGAUUGAAUAUCGAUCAUAUCCUGGCGCAAGGAAGUUUUGGUGAUGUUAUGUCGGGGAAGUUGCAGGCGAAUGCAGAGAACUUGGAUUGCCAAGUUCAUGUAAUAUCAGACGACAUAGAAUCACAGGAUCAAGCGGUUCUACUAAAGGAGCUUAACCAAAUGAUUCGACUUAUGCCACAUGAAAAGUUUCUCACUUUUUACGGUGUUAGCGCUAGUGCAGAUUGGGUUUACUUAAUAUUUGAACUGCCGCCGGUGCUAUUGAAAAAGCGAUUGGUUGAGGCGCGGAUACCACCAAGUGUGGAUAGUGCUAGAUUCUCAGCGAUCUCAGAGGAGAUGAUUUUACAAUGGAUCUACGAUAUUUCAGUUGCAAUGGAGUAUUUGGAAACUAAUAAGGCGGUACACAAGAAACUCUGCUCAUACUGCGUCUACGUUACCAACACCAAUCAAAUCAAACUCUCGAUUUUCGGCCCACCGCGUUUAGCUGAUCACGAGAAGCAAAUCGACAUAUCAAGAUGGAUGGCCCCCGAGGUUCUCCGUUUCCAGCACCAUUCCACAAAAAGCGACGUUUGGUCAUAUGCCUGUCUUGCAUGGGAGUGCUGUACCCUUGGUGCUACACUGUACGCCAACAUCACUAGUCAGGACCUGUUGCCGCGAAUGAAGAACGGGCUACGUCCGGAGCAACCGGCAUUUAUAUUUAAUGAUCUUUAUCAGUUGUUCUUAAAUUGCUGGCAAAUUGAACCCAGCGAAAGACCUGACUUUGAAGAAGUGGCUUUCAAUGUAAGACAGGCGCUAACAUCCCCUCGGCAUUGUUUAUCGUACGACAGACUGGAUAAUAUCCUUAUUCCGUACUAUUUGCCACUUUUAGAGCUGAAGAAUUAAGGAAACAUUUAAAACGAGUAAAAUAUCUGCUCUAUUGAGACUCAAGCUAAUCAAAGAUGAAACUUGCAGGAGAAUUGUUAAAGGAGGAGAGAUGAACGGGAAAACGACAAAACAAAGUUUUUUUAUAGUCAAAAUAUUAGAGCAAUACUAAUGAGUCCAAAGUUGUUAUUUCCAUGAAUAACUCCAAUUUAUUUUAACGAUAUUUAGACAUUAAACACUUCUCAAAGAUAAUUUACAAAGCUAUGUACUAUCAAUUUGAAAAUGUAUACCUUUUCACGCUAUUUUACUCCGGAGAAAAAUGACAUUAUUAGCAAACGGUUCAUAACAUUCCAAAAAACUGCCUGAUUUUGUAUAUUUUGUGUUAUUUAUUUAGAUCUAGUUGAUUUGAGUAAGCAAUUGAUUUGUUGAUUUAUUUAUCACAAGCGGAAACGUUCCAUUAUUGGCAAUGGAAAAUUGAGUACUUUGAAGUGCUAAAAAUGGUCGAAUCUGUGAAAUUCAAGAAGUUCUAUGUCAUACUCAUCUAAAACUACUCGAAUAUAGUAGACUUUAUUACCGAUGGAUCUACAAUCUGAAUCUCAAAACAUUCCUUAGUUGUUGCGAAUUGGUUUUGAUAAGACUGCACAUAUCCACGUUUUGUGUUUUUUUUUUAGAAAAGUCGACAUUUCAGAAGAAUAUUUACAAAAUAGGUGACUUUCUGCACAAUUUUAAAUGAUAUUAUGAUAUGUGUACAAAAUGACAUUGUUUAUCUUGUGGCGAUCAUUCCAUGCGUAGGAAUACGCCAAAUUUACCAUUUAAUGAUAGAAAUAAUGUUAACAAUAUAAUCCAAAUAAUUAGUGCCUUAGUUCAAGUGUCCUGCUUUGUAGAUAGGAAUUUAAUGUAGAAUAAGACGAGAAAAAAAACUUAAAUAUAUAAAUCGGAAUUGA